ACCUCGGGGAUGGAAUCAGAAGGGUUCGUGAGGACUUUAUCGGAGAUUUAGUCUUCUUGGGGAAGCUUUGUCCGUUCGGUUGGAGUUGAAAUUCCACCAAGAGGUGAAAUGACAUCGAUAUAUUCCGUGCACUAGUUCCACUAGUAUCGGAGCCAGAAUGAACUAUCUCCUGAUGCCUAUCUUUGUGUUCAUAAUAUCGAAUCCGGAGAAGAUAGUUUCAGAAGAAUCAGCAUACCUACAAGAGAAGGCAAAAGCGACUGCUACUUAUUGCACUGAAGAUAAUACUCUGGAUUGCUACAACAAUUCCAACAGGCGAAUCAGUGAGAUUAAUGAAACAGAUUAUCUUCAAUCCAUCGGUGGAUAUGCUAUCUUCAACUAUUCAGAAGAAAAUACGACAGCAUCCGAGCCCUUAUCCGAGCAGAUCGUUCCACCAACACCUUCAGAAAUGUACUUCACGAAUGAAAGUGAUGCGAACCUCCUCAAAAGCGCCACUCAGACCAGAGUGUUCCAGGAAUAUCCGUGGCCCGUGAAACGAGAAGCAUUAGUGGAAGGUGACAUAGUGAUCGGUGGUCUGAUGAUGGUGCACGAAAGAGAGGACUCUAUCACCUGUGGUCCGGUUAUGCCGCAAGGAGGUAUUCAGGCCCUCGAAGCCAUGAUGUUCACCAUCGAUCAGAUCAAUUCGGGCAGUGUUUUCGCGUUACCGAACAUUACUAUAGGUGCUCACGUUCUGGAUGACUGUGACAAGGAUACUUACGGGCUGGAGAUGGCAGUUGAUUUUAUCAAAGGUGCUCAAGUUCUGGACGCUUGUGACAAGGAUACUCACGGGCAGGAGAUGGUAGUUGAUAUCAUCAGAGGUGAGUUUGACUUAGAUGAUGUCUUCUGCAUUCUCUUGAAGUCUGCUAGCUGUUUAAAGACUUCAUCUGCCAGUGACCUCUUGGCAUAA